UCCCUCUCUUUUCUCUCUCAGUUUCAGUCACCCAAAACCCGUUCAUUUCCAAAAGAAAGAUAAACGCUGUGCUUUGAAUUCUUGAUCAACCAAGUUUGAAGAUGGACAUUCCAUACCCGACGAGAAGGAUUCGCUUCCAGGAUCGGACUGCCAUCAUUAUCCUCCACGGCACCGCUCACAGGCCUCACAGUCCCCUUCUUGCCCUCUGUAAUGUUCUUUCUCUCAAGAACAACUUGGGGUUGAGUCCAGAUAAGGAUCAAGUUUCCCAUCAAGAGUUGCUUGAGCUUCUUGCCUCUCGACUACAUGCUGCAAUUGAUAUCCCUGGAAACAAGUUGAGGGGGGAAAAAUAUAUACAAGAUGCUGUUAACCUGCUUCCAACUCUUAAUCAAUGCCAUCCAGACAUUAGAUUCCGAUGGAUCUCUGACUUUAGAGAUUUUCCCGAGCGCAAUAUCUUUCGGUUGUUGAAGGUUCCCAUAUACCAUGGUCGGAUAGUGAAUCCUAGAGAGUUAUCUGCAUUAUAUGAAGCAAUUGGUAAAAAGUCUCUUACUGAACUUCGAGCUGAGGGUGGUGAGCUAUUUGAAUCAUUUGUGGAGAAUAUCCAUAAUAAGAAAGUUACUAUUCAUGGCCUUGAGCAAUUAUGUACUGUCUUGAAUGUUGAUGACCAGAACACUGAUACAGUUACACUAUGCACAUUUGUCGUAAAUGAUCAAUUUGUGGUGAUGUCGAAGGUCAACAAGGUUUUGAAAAUCUUGAGAGAUGCUGAAAAUUGGCCAGAUGAGAACAUGUGGAUUGCUCCUCUUGGAUUAUACCAUGAAAAAUGGCAGGUCCUAGGACGUCCUGCUGAGUAUCAAGUUCUAAUCAUUGGUAGUCACAACUUUAAUGUUUUGGCUAUCGAAGCCAUCACUGAAAUGAACGAACUGAACAAAGAAAUGAUAUAUCGUCAUUGUGAGCUGAUGGAUGAUGCAUGGCCUGUGGUUAGUACCGUUGAUCUUGAUUUGAUUGUGGUACAACGUGGGAUUGUCAUAAAUAUGGGGCUUAAGGAAUUUCAGGAUAUUUCAAAAAGAUGGAGGCGAGAAUUGGCAUUUAGAGGGGCCAUUUUUAAAAGUCCUGCGAACAUUUCUUUGGCAUCCGUAGAAUUGGGAACUCUCAUGUAUGACAAUUGUAAAUAAAGUUGCUGACAGUUUAUCAAAGCAAAGUCUGGUAAUGGACUAUGGUGUUGUCUACAUGAACUUCCCUUCUGCGCAUUUUACUGGAAUUUAGCUUGAAGCUUUAAUAGGCUUGUGCCUGAUUGUAGCUUGCUUUAACUUGCUUUCUUCUGGGCCUACAUGGGUGGCCAAAACUGAUUCUAAUUCUGCUUCUGAAACAUGAGGUUUAGAACCAAAAGCAGUGGUUAACUUCUUGGUACGCGGAAAAUGUUAUUUUCUUGUAUGUUCUAUA